AAAGUACUUGUGUACUCUCCCUAAGUAGACCUAAGAAGCCGAUCUAAGCUGCUUCUGGUUCAGAGCAUCAGCAGUAAGAAAUGGGUGGGCAUUACCCAGCGCCCAUAGCCCCUACCCAUACCCGCAUAGGAUGGAUAGGCAUCGGCGUCAUGGGUGGCGCCAUGGCCUCCCGCUUCAUCUCCGCCGGCUACUCCCUUUCCAUCUAUGCCCGCACCCCAUCUAAAGCCACCUCCCUCCUCUCCACUGGCGCCACUCUCGCCUCCUCUCCGGCGGAACUCGCUGCCACCAGCGAUGUCAUUUUCACCAUGAUUGGCCACCCCUCGGAUGUCCGAGCCCUCGUUCUCGACACACUUCUUCCGUCCCUCAGUCCCAAAACCGUCAUCAUCGACCAUACCAGUAGCCACCCGGCACUAGCCAGGCAAAUUUACGAUUCUGCCCUUGAGAAAAGCUGUUAUUCCAUCGACGCACCCGUAUCCGGGGGCGAUUUAGGGGCUAGAGAUGGUAAAUUGGCAAUUUUCGCGGGUGGGGAUGCUGAGGUGGUGCAGUGGUUGAAGCCCUUGUUUGAUAUAUUAGGGAAAGUGAAUUAUAUGGGGAGUGCUGGAAAGGGACAGAGUUGUAAAAUAGCUAAUCAGAUUGUUGUAGGGGGGAGUUUGGUGGGAUUGAGUGAAGGAUUGGUGUUUGGGGAGAAGGCGGGAUUAGAUAAGGAUAAGUUCUUGGAGGCGGUGAGAGGAGGGGCGGCUGGGUCCAUGGUGAUGGAAUUGUUUGGGAAGAGGAUGAUUGGUAGGGAUUAUAGGCCUGGGGGUUUUGCGGAGUAUAUGGUGAAGGAUUUGGGAAUGGGGGUGGAUUUGGAGGAGGAGGUACUGGUGUUGCCUGGAGCUGCAUUGUCUAAGCAGUUGUUUUCUGGGAUGGUGGCGAAUGGGGACGGGAAGUUUGGGACGCAGGGAGUUAUAACGGUGAUCGAGAGAAUGAAUGGCAUGGGGGGUUAAUGGGGUAGAGAUUAAGCAGUUGUGUUGCUCUUUCAUGCACAAUGUGGUUCCAUGUUUGAUGGUUUCGCCACCGAUUCUGUUUGUUGUUCAUUUUGGCAGUUGAUGUGUUUGAUUUUGGUUUUCUACUUGAAUAUGUUCUCUCUUAGAUGGAAUUUGGGAUAUAAGGCUUCUGCUAAGAGAAUCAACAGCAUGGAAGGUUAAUGUGGUUUAGUUGAAUGUCCAGUGAGGGAAUAUUGAGUUUUUCUUGCUCUUUUGUGUGACAAUGUGGUUUCAUUAUUUGCUGGUUUGUAGUUCAUCUGAAGCCAUCAAUUGGAUUUAGAGCUUUCCUAUUUUGAAUUUACAGAAAUAGUUUGAGUGCAAUCAUUUCUUCUCAGUA